UGCCUAACCAGCUGACGUAGGUGCACCAACUCUACAGUCCUCCCUCCACCCAAUCUCCAUGACGUCCCUCAGUCAAGGAAGGAGGAGCAAAGCCAGCCCCACAAGGCCACAGAAGACGGGGUCACUUUUUCCUGCCAAGGAAAGAGGGUUGUAAAGUCAUUCAACUCAAGCAAGUCGAACUUGUUUUGAGAGAUCUAAAGGAAGAAGUUCUUACUGCCAGGUUCCUCAGAUGCCCAUGAAGGGGCUAUCCAGGUGAUGUGGAGGCCCGGCCCCUUACUGCGUUUGUCAAAGCACGGACUUCCUGUUUUGCCUGCUACCAUCUCCCUGUAACUCUCCCAAUCUUCCAGGAGUGAUCCCCGGCCCAGCCCCUGGAAAGGGGCAGGAACGACAAACUCAAAGUCCAGAGUCCAGCCUGUUACUGUGAAUGGAACCGAGAUUUGCCCUCUACCCUCACCUAAGCUCUGAUCCUACACUGCUGGCAAUAGGCGGCUCAUCUGUUAUCCAUUGUGUAAAUGACUAGAGGAUGUUCACCAUGACAAGAGCCAUGGAAGAGGCUCUUUUUCAGCACUUCAUGCACCAGAAGCUGGGGAUCGCCUAUGCCAUACACAAGCCAUUUCCCUUCUUCGAAGGCCUCCUAGACAACUCCAUCAUCACGAAGACAAUGUACAUGGAAUCUCUGGAAGCCUGUAGAAAUUUGGUCCCUGUAUCCAGAGUGGUGCACAACAUUCUCACCCAACUGGAGAGGACUUUUAACCUGUCUCUUCUGGUGACAUUGUUCAGUCAAAUUAACCUGCAUGAAUAUCCCAAUCUGGUGACGAUUUACAGAAGCUUCAAACGUGUUGGUGCUUCCUAUGAACGGCAGAGUGGAGACACACCAAUCCUAAUUGAAGCCCCAACUGGCCUAGCAGAAGGAAGCUCCCUCCAUACCCCACUGGCGCUGCCCCCACCACAACUCCCUCAACCAAGCUCUUCACCCUGUGCGCCAAGAGUUAGUGAGCCUGGAACAGCCUCGCAGCAAAGCGAUGAGAUCCUGAAUGAGUCGCCCAGCCCAUCUGCCCCUGUUCUGCCUCUCCCUGGACUCAUCCAGGAAGGAAGAAGCACUCCAGUGACCAAUGAUGAGUUAACAUCCAAAAUGAAUGAGGAAGAAGACUCAGAAGAGAUGCCCAGCCUCCUCACUAGCACUGUGCCAGUGGCCAGUGACAACCUGAUCCCCCACAUAAAAGAUAAAGAAGACCUCCAAGAGAUGCCCCACUCUCCCUUGGGCUCUAUGCCAGAGAUAAGAGAUGAUUCUCCAGAACCAAAUGACCCAGAAAAGCCCCAGGAGGUGUCCAGCACACCUUCAAACAAGAAAGGAAAGAAAAGAAAAAGAUGUGUCUGGUCAACUCCAAAAAAGAGACAUAAGAAAAAAAGCCUCCCAAGAGAUGCAGCCUCACCUAGACAUGGAAUCCAAAAGAAGCUCAAAGUGGUGGAUCAGGUUCCUCAAAAGAAAGAUGACUCAACUUGGAACUCCACGGUAGUGACAAGGGUCCAAAAGGCGAGAACUGAAUGUGCCCGAAACUCCAGAUCAGAGGAGAUCACUGAUGACACUUCAAAAAUGAAUGAAGGAAAGAGGUCCCAGAAGACGCCUAGCACACCAUCAAGGGUCACACAAGUGGCAACCUCACCUGGGCAUAGCAUCAAAGAGAAGCUCCAAGUGGUGGAUAAGGUGACUGGAAGGAUAGACGACUCAACCUGGAACUCAAAGGUCAUGACGAGCAUCCAAAAGGCAAGAACUGAAUGCGCCCAAAAGUCCAGAUCGAGAGGAAAACCCAAAAGUGACACUGUGGAUUUUCACUGUUCUAAGCUCCCCGUGACCUGUGGUGAGGCGAAAGGGAUUUUAUAUAAGAAGAAAAUGAAACACGGAUCCUCAGUGAAGUGCAUUCAGAAUGAGGAUGGAACUUGGUUAACACCAAAAGAAUUUGAAAUGGAAGGAAAAGGAAGAAACACAAAGAACUGGAAUCGGAGUAUACGUUGCGGAGGAAUGACCCUAGGAGAGCUGCUGAAAUGGAAAAACUUGGAUGAAUACGAGGUGUGCUGUAAAGGGGGACAACUUCUCUGCUAUGGUACUUGUCCACGAGUCUUCCAUGAAGACUGUCACAUCCCCCCUGUGGAAGCCAAGAGGACGCUGUGGAGUUGCACUUUCUGCAGGAUGAAGAGGUCUUCAGGAAGCCAACAGUGUCAUCAUGUAUCUAAGAUCCUGGAGAGGCAGAUGCAGCCUCAGGACCAGCUGAAAUGUGAGUUCCUCCUCUUGAAGGCCUACUGUCAUCCACAAAGCUCCUUUUUUACGGGCAUUCCAUUUAAUAUUCGCGAUUACGGUGAGCCCUUUCAGGAAGCAAUGCGGUUGGACCUGGUUAAGGAAAGGCUGAAUACGGAAGUGUACACGGUGGCAUUGUUUGUGCGGGACAUGCGCCUGACGUUCCGCAACCAUAAAACAUUUCACAAGGCUUCCGACUUUGGCAAGGCAGGACUUGACUUAGAGGCAGAAUUUGAAAAAGAUCUCAAAGACGUGCUUGGUUUUCAGGAAGCCAGUGAAGGUGGUUUCUGUUUCUGGACUCUUCCUUUACCCUGUUCUGAAAAGACUGAAGCAUCCCAACCUCAGGAUUCAGCUGAUGGGACCCUGGCUUGGACUGUUAAUUGCCCGUGAGUCUGGGAUGUAAUUGGCUGCCCUCAGGACCCAAACCCAGACCCUUCAUAGGAUUAUCACACCCUCCACCACCUUUAUUCUUUCUUUUUACCUUUAAAAGGCUAUAUCCACACUAAAAAAA